GGAAUUGCCUUUCAGUUCGUAUGGAACUGGCCGACAGUGCUCAUUUGGAAUCGCGUUGAACGCGCUCGAUGCCCGCUUCGACUAAGCUCUUGGAGGUGUAUAGGUGAUGUGAUAAGGCGCUCUCUUAUAUGACGAACUGUUCGUUAUCAGGAUUCGGUGCUCGCACGGAAACUGUUUUAAUUUUUGCUUUGACCUGUGAUUUUGUGACCUGAAAAGCCGAUAGGACGACUUCGGUGAAAAGUGCUGUGAUUUUUAGUUUGAGUUUUGUGAUUAUAUUCCGCAAUUCCGUUGUUUUGCGGUAGGACUUUACUGGAUAUCGGUAGCUCUGUGAUUUGGAUGGUGCAGAUUGAACUCUCCAGUGGUAGCUGCUUGGACGUGUCUGAACGACAUCAACAGAACCAGUUGCAACCGCAACGGUUGCAGCAAAGGCCCGAAAAUUCGCUCGAUUUAGCGAGUGUCUUAUUUGGGAAGUGUGGAGACACAAACAACAUGGCGUGUCUCCCACAGGCUGCGUUCGCAGUUCACAAACUGCGCAAGCAGCAGAACGAGAAGGACCUCGCCGUCGCUCGACUCACCACGGACAAGCAGGAUGUGCCACGCUAUAUGAACAACCAAACACUUGACCUCACCCCGGUCAACUACAGCGAUAAGUUUAUGAACAGCAUCUGGGGCUUGUACAAUCGCUACUCGCCGCAUAACUUCAAGAAGAACAACGGCUCCGUUCAGCAGUACUUUGGCAUGCAGCAGCCUUUCGCUGUUGCAUGCGCCGCCUCGGAGGAGUCGAACUCCGAUGCGAAACAAAAUCCAAUGAAGUAAUGUCCAUGAAUGGAGGUCCUGCAAGACCAUAAUGAUGAUUCCAUAUCCUUUAUACUAGUACUAUAGAGCUAUUAUCAUGGAAGGUGUUUUAUUAGUCAUCAAAAUUAUGAAUUAGUGAGACUAUAAAAAUGUGUUAAAAUUAUGUUGUUAUUUGUUAUUCUAGCAAAA